CGAAGAAUCUUGGCUUUAAUUCACGCGGAAUUCUCGAUACAUCCAUGCCAAAGGGACCCUCUUACGACAACUACUGGAUGACUAUAUAUACCAAUAUCACAGAUUCAGAUGGCAGUACAACGACGUACAAGGUUGGGCGCAUACAGGUGAACCCAAUGUCGACAACAGAGGUAGAGUCACUAGUUUCGAACCUCACCGCUAGUGGCAGCACUAAUAUGAUAGCCCAGAUUGCAGCCAACGGGAACCUUGAAGACACAACGCAGACUAUCCAAUCCUUGGCGUCUGUGCUUAACACCUUGGGCAGUUCUGAAGGGUUUAAUUCCGGAUUUGGACCAAGUGAAGCAACCUCGACCCAGAAUACGUCGUCAGCAGAAAAGGAAGCACUCCGUGAAGAAGUCGCAUUGAUAAGAACUCAGAUGAUCGACGCAGUGUCGGACAGCGCACCCACCACCCCAAGGCAGGUGCAGCUUCUGGCUAGCUGCCUCACGGAAGUACUGCAGCAACCAUCUGAGAUAAAACGGGGCAGCCAAUCAAAGGUUACUGCCAUUGUGAGCGGAUUUAUCGACGUGCUUCAGGCACAAGCUGCUGACCAAAGUAAGGAAGAAACUGUAGAACUGGCUACCACCAUUUUGAGUAGUGUAGGAGCAACAAUCGCGUUGGUUCCCGUGCCGUUUUCUUUCUAUUUCUAUCUCUACUUCAUUCAAUCUCAAGCGGCCUUCUCCAGUUUACAUUACACGCAGAUGUAUAAGUAUUAUAACAGCAUGUCAAUCAACUCAGUUCCUCUACAAAACACUCUCCCCUCUCUUUAUUCACUCCUGGCUGUCAAUUAUUACACUUAA